CGGUGAUUAAUAAAUGGACAUUUAGAUACUCUAAACAAAUAUAAUUAUAUCCCAUAUUCUGCAUAUCAUGUACAUGUCAUAAUUUAAAAGAGUGGCUGUGGCUUUCAUCUAUUUGACUUGUGUGUUACCUUUUUUGCUGCUUUUAGGGAUUGCCACGCCAAACCUUUGGAAAUGACUGCGGGAUUUUCAUGCUUAUGUAUACCCUUUGCAUUGUGACAGGUGUGGGGUUUGACUUCCACGAGAUGGACAUGCCUUUAAUUCGAAAGUGGUGGUGUCUUCUUUUGAUGGAGCACUUCAAAAUAGAAGGGCAUGGUCAGCGGUUUGCCUUCUGGACUGAUGAGGCCAGAAGCUUGGUCCAAGGAACACUUCAGCCUGUCUACAGAGUGCCAAGACAGAGUGCUGUCUCUGAGAAGGUCCCAGUCCACAUUGAGUCUGUGGAUGACCGCACCACAGAAGAAAAGAGACUGGUGGACUUUAUAGUAAAGUUACAGGGAUCUGAGGAGCAUUUGGUGGGUGUACUCAACGGGAAGCCCUCUAAGUGGUUACAUAAGGUAACCUCUUCCCGGGUGCCUGUCUACCUCGACAGUGAGGAACAGCAGGACAUCUUGUUUUCUUAUCUGAGAGGAUUGCUGGAUAGAACACCAACAGAAUUGAGCUUCACAGAUGCAGUGCAGUUCAUCUGUGAUGUUCUUUUUCCGGAGGCCAUCAUAUAUGCCCUGGCUGCCCUCCGGAAUUUGUCCUUGCAGGAGGCUGAGGAGGUCUUCCUUUCUGGACCAGAUUAUCAUUUCAGUGAAGUGGAAGAAUUUAAUAGAAAGAUUGACAAACAACUGAGGAAAGAAGGGAGACCAUUCAAUUGGUGGGUAUUGCUCUUAUGUACUUAGACAUUUGAAGUUUGUAAUUUGAUGUCAGUAACAUGAAUAUUCUGUUUGGCUCUCUCUCUAAAACUCCAACAGUGCAUAAGUGUUAAAUCAUAUAUAUUCCAGUUGAAUAUGUUAAACAAAUGUUUCUUAUUUAUCUCUCUCUCUGUCUCUGUCUCUCGCUCUAUCUUUCUCUAGAGUUGAAGCCUACAGCCAUUCUAUCCAUGCAGCAACUGAUGGAAAAGGGGUUCGCUUUGGUGCUGUUGUCGCAAAAAUGACA